AUGUUGAGACCACAGAAGCCUAUGAAAUGGAGUCCUCGCAUUUUAGAAACAACUAAUCUCCCACCAGCAUGCCCACAGGAGCAACGGGGCCAAAUACAAUUUCAUAGGCCCGGGUUUGACAACUUUAACGAAGACUGUCUAUAUAUGAACAUCUAUCUACCAAGGAUCAAUAAAAGGGCACUGCCGGUUCUGAUGUUCAUACAUGGAGGUUCUAAUAAUCAAGGAAUGGGGGCUGUGUUUGAUGGUGACAUCUUAGCUGCACACGGAGAAAUUAUUGUCAUCACAUUCAACUAUAGACUCGAUAAUCUAGGGUUUUUUGCCGAUCCAAGUAAAGGUAUAAAGGGCAACAAUGGUCUUAUGGAUCAAGUAUUGGUUAUGAAAUGGAUACAAAGAAACAUCAAGUAUUUCAAUGGUGAUCCGUCUAAAGUUACCUUAUAUGGACAUAGUGCUGGAGCUGGUGACGUUGGUGUUCACUUACUAUCAGAUUUGACUAAAGGGUUAUUUAGAAAUUCAAUAAUCCAUAGUGGCGCACCGAUUUCGCACUGGCUUCUUUCAAAGUGUAUAAAAACCAGUAGAGUCUCAACUAUUCCUCAAAAUUGUCGACCGGGUUACAGUCUGAUCACUACAGAGCCACAACAGAUUAAUUGGGUUAUAAUUGAUGGAGAAUUUCUGAAAGGCAGUCCAGAAAAACUGUAUACUUGUGGAAAAUUCCAUGCUGGUCCAGUGUUGUUAAUGAUGUCACGGGAUGAAGGGCACCCAUUAGAUAUAUCAACAUUCAGAGAACCAAAUUUAGACCGGGCACUCGGAUUUUACGGGCCAAAUCUUUUUGCAGAAAAUUCUGAUUUUGCAGAUAACGUGAAAAAAGAAAUAAAGAUCUGGGGGAGUUUGAAUCUAUCAAGUUAUCCUUCAGCCUUACAAGUCAGGGCAGAUUUAGGAAUCUUUGCGCCAAUGAUGAAACUAGCAGACAUGAUGUCUAAAUGGCAGAAGAAAGUUUAUACACUCAGUUUUGAUUAUGUUUCUCAAAACGUACCAGGACCUGAUUGGAUAGGAGUACAGCAUGGAUGGGAUGUAUUUUAUGUAUUUGGUGUACCGACAAUAGGACAUCCAAAGUUCUCAUAUACAGCACGUGAUGCAGAGGUUUCUAAAGUGACGAUGCAACUAAUCAGCAAUUUUGUCAAAGAAGGAAACUGGCGAUCCUGUGAUUUGAGAUUGAAGAAGUACAGUUCGGAGAAAAAAUCAAUCAACAAGCUGAAUUAUGUCAACGGCAAUACAGUUAUUACCAACGAACUCAACUUUAAACAACCAAAACUUGACUUUUGGUACAAAUAUUUGUAUCCCUUUAAUUUCAAAUGUCCCUUUAGUUAUAAAAAAUACAAAGGUUAUAUGUAAUGCAUUCGUGUAUA